GAUAAAUCGGCCCUAAGAGAAAUAUACAUUCGCGUGCCCGUGUUUUGGAUUAGCCCUGGAUAUGCUAGGCCAUUCGUAUUUUUUAGUUACUUUGGGUAAUUUAUAGGUAAAAACUGUGAAAUGAAAUGUCAAACUCCUACAAAAUCAUUUUCUGAAGAAUCACUUAGCCAUGUUUCGUCUGAUAAUGGUUCAGGUCAGUUGUCCACUUCAGAACCUAGUACAAAAACAUUAAUAACCAAAGAAAGGCUCUUGGAAAAUGUUGAAGCAUCUAAUGAUUUAGAAAAGCCGGCCACUUCAGAGCGUAGUAGAGAAACAUCCUUAUUGCACAAUAUUCAAGCAUAUGAUGAUCAGCCAUCCACUUCUAGGGGAUCGAUUCUAGAAUACAUUGACAACAGUGAUGAUAGUUUAAAGGAUCUUAACUACUGUCUAAUUAGCGAAAAUAGUGACGACGAUGUAGAAAAUUCUUACGAAGAAAUCCGAAAUGUGUUUUUUGCUCAAGAUAACGAUCAUGACGAAACACAUAAUAAGAAUAAUGAUCGGGGUAUACAAAAUAAAGACGAAAAAUAAAAUCAAGAAAACGCAUAAGACAGAUUGACAACUGGUGAAGCACAAAAAGGUCAAAAGCAACAUUAAAAGGCGAAGAACAUGUGACAAAAAAAGGGAAAAACCAUUAUGGCAAAGGCAUUUAAGUCAGGCUGUGCACCUUGCAGAAGAAACUGCACCGAAAAAAUUCCUGAUGCUAUAAGACAGAUUUUCAAGAAAUACUGGAGUGAAGAAAAGAAUUGGCACAUAAAAAGACAGUUUAUUCGUUCGCACGUUGAGUCAAAACCCACUGAACGUCGCAGACCCAAAGACAACAGUAAAAUUGGCAAAAAACAGACUAUUAACUACUUUUUUGAUGUGUAGUCGAAAGGUUAAACUAAAAAGUUUGAUGUAUGUAAAACUUAUUUUUUAAUAUAUAUAUGUAAACUUAUAUUUAAUCCUUUGGGAAUUUCGGAAACCGUUGUUCGAAAUUCUUUAAAAAAAUACACUGCCGGUGGCUUUGUUUCGAGGGAUAUGAGAGGGCGACAUGUGCCACCCAACAAACUACCAGAGGAAGUUCUUAAUGGAGUAAGAGCACAUAUAAAAUCCUUUCCAUCUUACGAAAGCCAUUAUUCUCGUGAAAAAAGUAAAUGACAAUAUUUAGGGCCAGAACUAAGCAGCAGAGAAAAAAUGUACAAGUUAUAUUUAGCUAAAUGUGAAGACCACAUUCCCAAACAUCAAAUAGCUAAGCUUUGGAUAUAUAAAAAAUGUUUUAAUACAGAAUUUAAUUUGUCGUUUAAAAAACUUAGCUGAUAACUUGAAAUAAAUGUGAGAUGAUAACUGAAACUGAAAUACUAGCUGAUAACUGAAAAACUAGCUGAUACUUGCGAUAAAUGUGACAGCUUUAUCUUAAGACUUAAAGACUCCCAAAGUAGUGAAAAAACAUUUAUCCACGAAGAAUAUGAAAAUCAUUUGAAGGAAGCAGAUUCGCGAUACAAAAUCAAGAAAAAUGUUAAAGAAAGCAAGAAUUCAAAUGACAGUAUUAAGGUUAUAAUGCUAGAUCUUCAAAAAUGUCUUCCCACCCCGUACCUCUCAAAUAAUCAAAGCUUCUAUUACUCAAAGCUGUGGACUUUAAACCUGACUAUUUAUGACUCAACAAAUAAUUUGUCAUACUGCUUAGUAUGGAAUGAAUCCGAAGCUGAGAGAGGGGGCAACGAAAUCGCAUCAGCACUAAUUAAAUGGGCAGUAAGGGUUCUUGCUGGAUCUACUAUAGAACACUUAAUUAUUUGGUCCAACCACUGCCCCAGCCAGAACCGCAAUAUUAUUAUGAUGCUCAGUUAUGUUUGUAGUUAUACUAAAAAUUUGUCCAAACUUGAAAAUUAUUGAACACAAAUUUUUACUGAGGGGCCAUACACACAUGGAAGCUGAUCACGUACACCCUACUCCUUGGGACUGGCAACAAUUAAUAAGAUCCACAGGCGCAACUGUUAUAAAACUAGAUCUUUCUUUCUCUUAAACAUGUUGACUAUUUGUAUAGUCAACCUAACUUUCCUUUUAUUAAUAAGAAGAAAAAUACUGAAAAGCAAGACUUUUUGAUAUCUAAAGUUUUAUAUUUUCAAAUUAAAGCUGAUCAUCCUAGCACAAUAUUUUACAAACUGAAAUUUAACGAUGAAGAGUUUAAAACUUGAAAUGUGACCAGAUCUGUUCGAAAUCCAAUGCCACUGCCCAAUGAAUUGCCUAGUCUGCGCAGUAACUUAAAGGGAAUAACAAAGAAAAAACAUGAUUUUUUAAUAAAAAGUUUGGAAUGGGUUCCUAAGCAAUUUCAUGAUUUUUUUUUUAAAUCUUCCGAUUUCUAAAGCAAAAGGCCAACAUAGUUCCGAUGAAGAAGAUUUUUUAUCUUCUAUGAAUCCCAAUGUAUUUGUUUAAUAAUUUUUUUUUUUAAAAACAUUUUUUGCAAAGAAAUUUAUGUACAUUAAUAAGGUUAAUCUAAAGAAAUAAAAUUGAUUGUGCAACAUAAAGCUUAAA